GCCUGAACGGAACGUGGGAAUGUGAAAGUGAAAUCGACUUCGCGGCCAGCCGAAAGCGAGUCGUCUUCUCCCGCGGACACCAUGGCCAAAUCCUGCACCUCCAACUUCCGUGUCGGCAAAGAGACGCGCGAGAAGAUGGCUCUUUUCAGAGAAUCGCUUUUGAAAGAGGGUGAAGAAUUCCUUUGCACAUUUUUACCUUCCAAAAUAUUUCAGUUGGAUAAGUUUCUUAAGGAAAAUUCACUAAAUGUGCAAGAUUUGACCACUCUUAAAGCUCCUUUGGAGAUCCCUAUUCCAGACCCCCCACCCAAAGAAGACGAGAUGGAUACAGAAAAAGAGGAGAAGGAAGCUCCAAAAUGUGGUUAUCUUAAAGGAAACGAAGUUCUCAUUUCACUUCUGGAUCGCGUGAAACCUGAAGUUCGCGAGUUUAAAGAAAAAUGCAUUUUGGUCACGACCUGGAUCCAGUUCAUGAUCCCCAAAAUUGAGGAUGGCAACGACUUCGGGGUGGCGGUUCAGGAGAAAGUGCUGGAACGUAUCACGGCGUUGAAGACCAAGGCUGAAGCUUUCCAAACCACCAUGGCUAAAUAUUUUCUGGAGCGUGGAGAUGCGGUCGCCAAGGCCUCCAAAGACACUCACGUGAUGGAUUACCGGUGUUUGGUUCACGAACGCGACGAAGCCAUUUACCGAGAAAUGCAGAUCAUGUUGCUUGAUAUUCGUGGAUUUUAUGCUGAGCUGUACCACAUCCUAAGCAAAAACCUGGAGAAAUUGACCAAUCCAAAGGGCGAAGAGAAGCCGUCCAUGUACUAACAGGGGAAAAAACACAUCGAAGGGCAAAGAGGCGAGGGAUUUUACGUAGGCUCUGAUAGCACAAUUGGCCAGAAUCCCUGACUCUACCGUUCCUCAUUGCAACUUUUUCUGCCUUUUUUUCUGGAGGGUGUCGGGCGAACAUAAAAACACAAAGCGAUCCGGGAUGUUUAGAACCCAGAAGGAGGGAGAUGCCUGGGGAAGAAGCAGAGAGGGUUACCAAAUAAAAUGUUUCGAUCAGUUUG